CCGCCAGGCUUCCUUCUGCAACAGGCGUGGGUCACGCUCUCGCUCGCUCUCUUUCUGCCGCCAUCUUGGUUCCGCGUCCCCCGCACACCCUUCGCAGAGUUUUUAAGAAUAUUUGACUCUGGGUUGGGCAGCAGAACGGAUCCCAGUCAAUUCAGGCCUCCUUUUUAUUCCCUUCAGAAAUGCCUGGUGAAGCCACAGAAACCGUCCCUGCUACAGAGCAGGAGUUGCCACAGCCCCAGGCUGAGACAGGGUCUGGAACAGAAUCUGACAGUGAUGAAUCAGUACCAGAGCUUGAGGAACAGGAUUCCACACAGGCAACCACACAACAAGCCCAGCUGGCAGCAGCCGCUGAAAUUGACGAAGAACCAGUCAGUAAAGCAAAACAGAGCCGGAGUGAAAAGAAGGCACGGAAGGCUAUGUCCAAACUGGGUCUUCGACAGGUUACAGGAGUUACAAGAGUCACUAUCAGGAAAUCUAAGAAUAUCCUCUUUGUCAUCACAAAACCAGAUGUCUACAAGAGCCCAGCUUCAGAUACCUACAUAGUUUUUGGGGAAGCCAAGAUCGAGGAUUUAUCUCAGCAAGCACAACUGGCAGCUGCUGAGAAAUUCAAAGUUCAAGGUGAAGCGGUCUCAAACAUUCAAGAAAACACACAGACUCCAACUGUACAAGAGGAGAGUGAAGAGGAAGAGGUUGAUGAAACCGGUGUAGAGGUUAAGGACAUAGAAUUGGUCAUGUCACAAGCAAAUGUGUCAAGAGCAAAGGCAGUCCGAGCCCUGAAGAACAACAGUAAUGAUAUUGUAAAUGCUAUUAUGGUAAGUGUCAAAGCCUUUAUUCCUUGACUUCUUCAGCCCUGA